AUGGUAUUCGGCAAGAGUCUCGCCGUUGCUACGGUAGUCGCGGCCGUCUCUCCUUUGGUGCAUGCCUUCAACGCCCAGUCGAAGUCCAAUGUCGCAGUCUACUAUGGCCAAGGGGAUAACCAGCCGCGCCUCAGCCAUUUCUGUCAAGAGUCCGCACUAGAUAUCAUCAACAUUGGAUUCAUCAAUGGAUUUCCUGAUCAGAGCCCUGCCAAUUGGCCUGGCAGUAACUUUGGCAACCAAUGUGAUGGACUGACCUACGAGAUUGGUGGGAUCAAGACCGACUUGCUCUCAGGCUGCCAUCAGAUCAUGGAAGAUAUCCCCAUCUGCCAGGCAGCCGGCAAAAAGGUUCUGUUGUCUAUAGGAGGUUCUACCCCCGACAAUCAGGAACUCCUUUCGACAGAGAGUGCUAUUGGAUUUGCCGAAUUUCUCUGGGCAUCCUUCGGUCCCGUGGACGAUACUUGGGUGGCAUGGGGCGGUCCCCGUCCGUUUGGCAACGUAUCCGUCGACGGAUUUGACUUCGAUAUAGAGCACAACGGUGGUUUUGGGUACGGAGCUAUGGUCACCCGCUUUCGUGAGCUUUUUGCCCAAAAACCUGAUCAGAAGUUCUACCUGUCCGGGUCCCCUCAAUGCCAUAUACCUGAUAAGCAACUGAGUCUCGCAAUUGCAACAUCCGCAUUUGACUUUGUCUGGGUCCAGUUUUACAAUAAUGAUGAUUGCUCUGCUCGUAAUUUCAUUACCGGGGAGGGUUUCAACUUUGACGCCUGGGUCGACAUCAUCAAGUCCGGUGGUAACCCAGCUGCAAAGCUCUUUGUCGGCCUGCCUGGCAGUGAAGCUGCGGCACUUGAUGGGUACUACUUGACUCCUGAUGAGGUCGAGCCUUUGGUCAAAAAAUAUAUGAAGCUGUAUCCUGAUACAUUCGGAGGUAUCAUGGUUUGGGAGGCAACCCAGUCUGACCGGAACCAGAUCAACGAGACUAGCUACGCAGGCAACAUGAAGAGAAUCCUGACAGAACUGGAUCCUGCGCCCCCCGCUCCAACGAGGUCCCCUUCCAGCUCUCCUAUCGCAUCGAGCACUCCCACUCGGUCGAGUACUCCAGUCAUUUCUGAAAUACCAACGCUGUCGAGCAUUCCUGCUCAGUCCAGCUCGGUAGCCGCUUCUUCAAUCCCGCUGAUAUCUAGCACACCUGGCCAUUUCAGCUCUCCUAUCGCAUCGAGCACUCCCAUUCGGUCGAGUACUCCUGUCCAAUCGAGCACUCUUAUUGCGUCAAGCAGUGCUAUCCAGUCUAGCACGCCAGUUCAGUCUAGCACGCCAGUUCAGUCUAGCACGCCAGUUCAGUCUAGCAGUGCUGUCCAGUCCAGCACACCUGUCCAGUCUAGUACGCUAGUACGGUCCAGCACUCCAGUUCAUUCUAGCAUUUCAGCUCACUCAAGCACCCCUAUUGUGUCCAGCACCCCUGUCCGGUCCAGCACUCCUAUUCACUCUAGUACACUCACUCACUCAAGUACACCUAUUAUAUCAAGAAGUACUGUUCAGUCCAGUGCUCCCGCUCACUCAAGCACUGCUACUGCAUCGAGCACACUAGUUCAUUUAAGCACCCCUAUUCAGUCAAGGACCCCAUCAUUGUCAAGCACAAUUGCCCAAUCAAGUACCCCAGCCGGAUCCGCAACCACGUCAACGCCUAGUGUUCCUAGUCGGUCGUCUACCCCGGCCUCAUUCAGUACACAAUCAGCAUCUGCCACUACCGGUCCCUCGAGCUCGCUUAUCAGCUCUAACUCUUCGCUAAAAUCCGGGAUACUGACGAGAUCGAGCUCAUCAGUUUCCCCAGGGACACCAUCUGCCUCGGCCAUUCUGACAGAGACGAUUUCGCCAAUACCUUCCGGAACACCCAUUCAUUCUGGGAACACCGUUUCUUCCGGGGAGCUUACCUUGCCGGGCACUCCAGCUCCUUCCUCCCUGCCGGCCACGUCCGGGGAGCCAGAAUUAUCAAGCUCAGCAACAGUAUCCGGAACCCACUCGCCUACUAAGACGGGUGCGUCGACAACGUUUAAUCCAACUGGUAUUCCGGCGCCCUCCACUGUACCUGCACCAUCUACUGCUUCUACUUCAAACUCAAGCACCUCAAGCACCUCAAGCACCUCCAGCACCUCCACCACCAGUUCAAAUCCAACAGGUCAAUCCAGCCUUACCCAGUCGCGUACUUCCCAUAGUACUACUGCCUCGUCGGCCCACGCAGCUACAUCGGCGGGCGCGGGACCGGACAAAGGAAACGGAACAGUUACGAGUACGAUUACUUCCGGAAUAGCGACUCCUUCCAACACACCUACAGGUACAACCUCGGAGCCUCUUACUGUCACGACUGUUAUCGUCACCUCGUACGUUGAUAUCUGUCCCACAGGGUUCACAACGAUCACCACGACUUAUACCACGACGUACUGCCCUGGAACAGUAUCUGCAACCGCUACAGCUACGAACAUUCCCUCUGGACCCGGAUCUCAGACCGCUAUCCCUACUCCCCCUGAGGGCUGGACCUCAACCGUGACUGUCUGUACACAUUGUGCGCCAACACCAACCACGGUGACUCUUACUCUACCCGUGACUACCACAACUACUCCACCUGUCACUGUGCCAGUACAGCAGACCACCAAUGUUCCACCUGCUGAGGAUUGGACCACAACAGUUACUAUCUGUACGGAAUGCGCAUCAACGCCAACUACGUUGACACUUACUGUUCCUGCCGCGGGAGCUGGCUCUAAGCCCGCCAACCCUAUCAGCACCACCCUUGUCGAGCAGACUAGCAGCCCAUCCGGACAUGAGGGCUCCCUUUACCCCGUAGUUACAAAUACCGUCACCAGCCACAGCCAGAGCCUUUCGAGGACUUCUUCUAUGAUCGUUGGAACAGGCCGUGUACAGCCGUCGUCCUCAACAUUGGCUGCCAGACCCUCGACUAGUGGAUCUCAAGUUCCCGUGGCUCCUAGUGAGACGCAGGAUAAUGCGUCACCCAUCUUCACGGGUGCUGCAUCGCAGCCUGCUAGACUAGGCCACGGAGUUGCUGCUUUUGUCACUCUUGUUUCGGCUGUAUUCCUUUCGAUGUGA